UUGUGGCAGGGAAAUUAGUCAAUCACAACGACAAGGACAUGCUAGUGAGAUACUGAGUGGCGAUCAUUCUGUCUGCAACAAAUGCGACAAACAGUUCCCUGAUAUUGAAAGUUUAUAUCAGCACAAGGCCAAAGACCAUCAUUCAUCCCACCAAUGUGAUGUUUGUAAGGAAUUAGAAGCAAGAGAAGCAACUGGCAUUGGUUAUAUCUGUUGUGUCUGCGAUGCCGAGUUUAAAAUUGCCACCGAACUUGAAGAUCAUAUGAGUAUGCAUGACAAUAUGCUGCCCCACUAG